AUGACUUUAGUCUUAUCUGCAGCGUUUACGUACUCAUAUUUAGGUAUGGCUUAUUUUCGAAGCUUUUUUGGUGGUGGUGGAGCAGAAGCAGAAGAAGAGGAUGGAGCUGAAAUUGUCGAGAAAAUGGUGGAGCGUGUCGAGACUUGUACAGCACUGGAAGAUCGACGGGAUGCCCUACGAGCACUUCGUGGAAUGGCCAAAAAACUCCGAUUAGCUGUGGGUACGAUGGGUUUGAAUGUAUAUAUGGAGGUACUUGAAAAAGAAAGGACAAAUCAUGAACUUCUCGCUAUUACCCUGGAAAUACUGGUCGCCGUUCUCAGCAGUGAUGAUGAGAGUACCGAUGAUGACGAAUUGGGUGAACGCUUGGCUGAGGUAAUGCUCAAAAAACCAGUUUUCAUCCCUUCGCUUCUAGCCGCUGUAGACGACUACGACAUUACUGUUCGUAGAGUCGGGAUACAACUGCUGACCUCACUGCUCCGUCAUCGAGGUCCCGAAGUACAAGCUGCCGUGAUGGCCCAACCCACCGGUGUUCCUCAUCUCGUGGAUAUUGUUCAUGAUCGGCGCGAGGUAGUUCGAAACGAAGCUGUAUUGAUGCUUUGUGAACUCAGCAGAUCGAAUUCACAGAUUCAACAAUUGCUUGCAUAUGAAAAUGCAUUCGUCCAUUUGUUGGAUAUCAUUGAUACAGAGCCAUUGGAUAGUAUUAUUAUUGAAGAUUGUUUAUUUGUUAUUUUGAACCUACUCAGGAAGAACGCGAUGAACCAACAACUCUUUCGAGAAAAUAAUUUGAUCGCUCGUCUGGGAGUGAUGCUCAAUGCAUUUCUCUAUGGCUCAGAAGAAGAUGAACCAGACACAGACUGGGUUAAACAACGAACUGCAAAUAUCAUUUUCCUCCUUCAAGUCAUAAGAAGUUUGGUGAGUCCAGACAAUGCAGUAAGCAACACUCACGCUGCUCAGAAAGCUAUCCAUCAAACAAAGAUGCUUGCUGAGCUUUGCCGGGUUUUGCUCUCCGAGAUGGGCUUACCUAUCGAAGUGCUCACGGAAACAGUGAUCGCUGUAGCGGAAGCUAUUCGAGGAAAUUAUACAAAUCAGGAAUAUUUUGCCAACACUACUCUUAUCACCAAUGAAAACCUCAGCCGAAGUUCACUUGUCGUAUUGCUUAUCUCCAUGACAGCUGAGAAGCAACCUUUCAAAAUGCGCUGUGCUGUAUUUUAUUGCUUCCUUUCAUAUCUUCACGACAACGAGUUUGGCAAAACGAAGGUAAUCGAAACCUUGCUACCAACCAGUCAGCCGGAUACCUCAUUGUCAACAGGCUCGCUUAUCUGUCAGGCCAUAACUUCGAGUGAGUCUGUGCAAUGCUGGUUCGGCUGCGUAUCACUUCUCUACUGUUUAUUGGACGUCGAACAUCUGAGAGAACAACUUCUACGAGUGCAAGUAUCGACAACUCUUGAUCAUCCUCCAGUGUUGCUAAUUAAGCAUGUUUCGAGUCUAUUGGUAAGUAUGGGCAAUCGACGAGUUCAGAUGCGUGCCGGCAUCUUGAUGUUGUUGUCAACAUGGCUGAAAAACUGUCCAUCUGCAGUAGCCAUCUUUCUCGGAAAUGAGGAUAAUCUUCACUACAUGACCACACAAAUUCUUGACGACUGUGGUGAAGGGACCGAAAGUGAACAGCAGGUUCUCAAAGGCCUGAUGGCUUUUGUUUUGUUGGUCUGCCUCGAGAAUGUUGAUGACGCUGAGCGGAAGUCAUCCCUGGAACAGCUCGUUGAACGACGAGUUGGUCGAGAUACUGUGGUUGGAGCUAUUGAAGGAUUGUCACGAACGGAACAGUUCGUUCGCGCUGCUCAAAAACCUCAACCGCUCACAAAAAUACCAAACGAGUUAUUCUUGGACUAUCAUUUCAUCAAAAUGUUUAAGUCAUCUGAAGUACAACUCAUUAAAAUGUUACGACCCACAGGUGAAUUUAACGGGACAGCUUCAAAUGACAGCAUUAUUCAAUCAUUCAAGGAUCUGAUCAAACGUCAGGAUGAAGAGAUAGCGGUUCUCAAGCAGGAGGCAAAGCGAUCAGCUGCUCAAAUCGAGCAAUUGAAGCAAGCGAGCGAUAAAUCGGAGUUAGAGCGUGAAUUGGAGAUUACAAAAAAGAGUCUAGAGGAAAGCCGUGCUCAGAAUGCGAAGGCGGAUGGGAUGCAGCUUCAAAUACAAGAGAUGUAUCGUGUUAACGAACAGUGGCGUGGUGAGGCUGCGAAAUACAAGCAGUGGGCGGAGCAAUGGCAGCAAUAUCAGAUCGCACAGCUUCCGAAUCCUACCGAAACUGCUGUCCAAUAUCUUCAGCAACAAGUACAACAACUGGAGCAGCAACUGGCAUACGGAUACCAAGCUUUCGAAGAACAUUCAAAAUCUGUGCGUUUCCUAGCUCCCUCCCAAUAUACCAGCCUACUGAAAAUCUUUCAGACCGCCAAGUAUGCUUCUGACUGUGCCGAAUGGAAGCACAGAGCAGAAGUGGCUGAGGCCGAGCUAGCCAAGGAGAAAGAAGCGAAAAGGCAACAAAAUGCUUUGCAUAAUGGGGAAAAUGGACUAUCGGUACGUGAAAUUUGUGAAUUGGCCACGCUUAAAGCAGAGCAGGAAGAUCUGCUUGUACUGUUAGCUGACCAGCACAACAAAAUCACGCAGUAUCGUAAUCGACUGAAAGAUCUUCAUCAAGUUGUGACUGAUGAGGAGGAUGAUUAA